AUGUCCGUUUUUGAUGGAGAUAUAGAAUAUCAAUCUGUUUACAUGGUUGAUUACAAGAAACACAAUAAGCCUCCGAGCCCUCGUCGGAAAGCUGUUGACGACGACUGCCUCAUCGUUGGCUUGAGUCGGGACCCGUUGAAGGCCAGAGCGGCUCCGAAAAAGGAGCCGGACGUUCUCUGCCCUCUCACACAGGAGUUUUAUAAGGAUGCAGUGAAACGUUUCGCAGAAGAUUACCCGAAACUGACAAAGAUGUACAUGUCGAAGGAUAUUGAUCCAGUUCCGAUCGAUCACGGCAUCCAGGACUUAAAAAGGACAGAGUAUUUGACUAAAUACUGUUCUAGAGAGUUGCCGUUUAUGUCCGUGAACUUGGUGAGGCGAGCAAAAGCCCUACAAACCCUUCGACUGCCAGACGACAUAUACAUUCCGGACACGAGCCAAAAAGGCUCGUAUAGGGCUCCGCAGCCAGAAAAAUAUGCAGAUCCACCUUCAUCGAUGUCAAUGAGACCGAAAUUUGACGAUAGCUUGCAAAAGGAACUACGACGCAUAUUGCGCACGCGUACUGGAGACACCACGUACGGCUCUUGUCACGGUCUUCUAGCCAAGGUCGUCCUCGAAAAGAACCCUUUCGGCCCAGCUCGCGAAGAACCCAAAUACGGCCGCUGGUCAAAUCCAUACACUUAUACUUACAGAAUCUGAAUGCAUUGAUAUUUUAUUGAAGUAUUCAAUGUUUUUUCUUGUAUUAUUGUUAUUUGAAAUUUGUCAUUUGAGAUA